AUGCAGUACGAUGCGCAAAAUGGGCAACAGCAGCGCGUGAUGAAAGCUUGCGAUCGAGACGACUUAGGGGAAGAGACAGCGCCAGCGGCAGGGGAAUUGGUGACCCGUGACGACGAUGGAGGAGUGCAUGAUGGUUUCGGUGAUUUAGAGAAGAGCAAGAAGCUGUGA